UCUCUCUCUCUCUGUCUCUCUCUCUCUCCUGGAUGCGGGAUUAACUGUCAUGUGCGGGAUUAACUCUGGUGAAAUCACUUGAGAACAAAGUGGAGGGAUUAGAGCGGCGAAGCAGCGGGAGGAAGCUGCGGCGGCUGCAGCCUCACGCAUGGAACAUGAUGGAUUAUCAACAAAAGGACUCUCUCCUGGGUCAGAUACCGCUCUACUCCUCGGGAUACACCGACCCGUUAAGACACUACUCGAACGCGGCCACGUAUGGAGCGGCCGGCAUGCAGGAGAAGGUCUACCCGGCGUCCUACUACCAGCAGACGGGCGCGGCGGCGGCCGCGGCCAUCUACGGCCGGGCCGGCGCCGCGGCCGCCUGCGACUACAACCACCCGGUGGGGACUUUCUACAAGGACGCGGAGGGCUCGUGCGCCUUCUCGAGCCGCGACGAGCAGCCGCUGUUCGUCACGCAGGAGCACCAGCAGCGCAAAGCGGAGUGCGCGGAGCAGACCAUCACCGGCAUGAGCGGCGGCGGCGGCGGCGGCAUCGACGACAAGUCCUCCACGCUCAUCUACCCGUGGAUGCAGCGGAUGAACGCCUGCUCCGCCGAUACACCACUACAGAUUUUGAGUGCAGUUUCAGGGCCGUUCGGCAGCAGUGGUCGCCGGGGCCGACAGACCUACACCCGCUACCAGACCCUGGAGCUGGAGAAGGAGUUCCACUUCAACCGCUACCUGACCCGCCGGCGCCGGAUAGAGAUCUCGCACGCGCUUUGUCUGACGGAGAGGCAGAUCAAGAUCUGGUUCCAGAACCGCAGGAUGAAGUGGAAGAAGGAGAACAAGCUCCUGAACCCGUCGAAGACGCCCGAGGAGGAGGAGGAGGAGGAGCAGGCGGAGAAGAAGAGCUAAACAAAUACAAAAUAAAAGGACACUGGCAGAAAAGGCACGUGUUUGUGUGCAAAUUAAUAAUAAUAAUAAAAAUGUAUUAUUUCUGACACCACGUUAGAGGCGUGUAGAGACUCUGAGUCUCUGCACGGUGAUGAUGAAGAUGUCUGCUCCUCCUCCUGUGUGUCUUCGUGCUCGUGUCUUUUACUUUAGGGGACUAUGCAAAAAAAAAAAAAAGAAGAAAGAAAAUCCGCCAAAAUGUAAAUAAUUUCUAGUGUUUAGUUUUUCGACAAUGUUGUUACCUCAUGAUCAUAGAUCCUACUGAGUUUAUAUUAUUAUUAUAAUAACUAUGGCUCUUCCUCAUGCCAUUAUUACACUGUAAACAUCUCGUGGUGGUGGUGUUGUUGUUGUUGUUUAACAGUCUAUAGAGGCUUGUUGUUGUUGUUGUCGUCGUCGUUGUUGUUUACAGCUGUGCCAUCCACACGUUCAAUUUGUACCGACGAGACACGUCAUUACAUGUUAUUUAUUAUUAUUAUUGCUGUUGUGUGUGUUCCCAUCAAUGCACAUCUGGAUAUUGUUGUGCAAUAUUUUUGUUUAGGAAAAUUGUACAUAUAGAGAAAUAAAAAGGCUUUUUUUGAUGUA